AUGUGGACCAUAUGGGGCCCAGCCUCCCAGCCUCCCAGCCUCCCACCCUCUGAGCCUCCCAGCCUCCCUGCCUCCCACCCUCUGAGCCUCCCAGCCUCCCACCCUCCGAGCCUCCCACCCUCCCAGUCUCCCACCCUCCCACCCUCCCACCCUCCUAGUCUCCCACCCUCCCACCCUCCCACCCUCCCAGUCUCCCACCCUCCCACCCUCCCACCUUCCCACUCUCCCACCCUCCCACCCUCCCAGUCCUCCCACCCUCCCACCCUCCCACCCUCCCAGUCUCCCACCCUCCCACCCUCCCAGCCUCCCAGUCUCCAAAACUCCUAGCUUCCCAGAAUGCAGCCUCCCAAGCUCCCCGCCUCCUAGCCUCCAGCCUCCCCUCUCCCACCUCCCAGACGCCCAGACUCCAACUCCCACCCUCCUAAGCCUCCCAGCCUCCCAGCCUCCUGCCUCCAAAUGCAGCCUCCCAGCCUCCCAGCUCCUGCCUCCCAGCCCCGCCCCCCAGCCUCCUAGCUUCCUAGCCUCCCACCCUCUGAGCCUCCCAGCCUCCCAGCCUCCCAGCCUCCUGCCUCCCAGCCUCCCAGCCUCCCAGCCUCCCAGCCUCCCACCCUAGCCUCCCAGCCUCCCAGCUCCCAGCCUCCCUGCUCCACUCCCAGCUCCUACUCCAGCCUCCCACCCCUGAGCCUCCCAGCCUCCCAGCCCCCCAGCCUCCCAGCCCCCUCCCUCCCAGCCUCCCAGCCUCCCAGCCUCCCAGCCUCCUCUCUAGCCUCCCAGCUUCCCCUGAGCCUCCCAGCCCCUCCCAGCCUCCCAGCUCCCCUGCCUCCCCCUCCCAGCCUCCCACCUCCCACCUCCCACCCUCUAGCCUCCCAGCCUCCCAGCCUCCAGCCUCCCAGCCUCCCACCUCCCACCCUCCCAGCCCAGCCUCCCACCCUCCCAGUACCUCCCAGCCUCCCAGACUCCCAGUCUCACAGCCUCCCAGCCUCCCAGCCUCCCAGCCUCCCACCCUCUGAGCCUCCCAGCUUCCCAGACUGACAGCCUCCCAGCCUCCCUGCCUCCCAGCCUCCCAGACUCCCCCCUCCUAGGCCUCCCCGCCUCCAGCCUCCCAGCCUCGCCACCCUCCCACCCUCCCACCCUCAUAGCCUCCCAGCUUCUAGCUUCCCAGCCUCUAGCCUCCCAGCCUCCCACCCUCCACCCUCCUAGCCUCCCAGCCUCCAGCUCCCACCUCCCACCUCCCAGCCCCCCCCAGCCUCCAGCCUCCCACCCUCCCACCCUCCCCAGCCCUCCCAGCCUCCUAGCCUCCCAGUCUCCUAGCCUCCCAGUCUCCUAG